AUGGGUGAAGAGCAUGAAGGACGAGUUCUCUCAUUGGACUUUGGAGACUUUUAUUUUGUAACUACUUACGUUCCAUGUGUCGGGGAUGAGCUUGUACAUUUACAACAUCGUAUCAAGUGGGAUGUGCUGUUUCGUGACUACAUCAAAGAAUUGAUAGAUAAGAAGAAACCUGUUGUGGUGUGUGGUGAUUUCAACGUGGCACAUACUGCUCAAGACUUGUACAAGCCCAAGGGGAAUACACGAAAGCCAGGUUUUACCAAAGAAGAACGGAAAGCCUUCUCUGCGUUGCUGCAAUGUGGCUUUGUGGAUUCAUUUCGAUAUCUGUAUCCACAGAAGACUGAUGCGUACACGUUCUGGAGCUAUACAAAUGAAGUCAGGAUUCGCAAUGCUGGAUGGAGGCAAGACUAUUUCUUGGUGUCUCAAGGUAUAAGAGACAAAGUGAAGGAGAGUGUCAUUCAUAAUGAAUGUGUUAUUGGAAGUGACCAUUGUCCCAUUUCAAUAGAGAUUGAUCAAUAA